UCACUCGUCCUUCCAGAUCUCAAUCAUUUCCCAAAAUUGCAGAACUGCGCACAACAAGCUCAGAAAACAAUCUCCGAGGUAGAAGCUGCUGAAUCUUUGGUUUUGUGUCGGCUUCCUCCUCCGGCUGCUGCAGGACUCGGAGCCUUGCUUCACUUUGAUCUGAACUCAGCGGAGCGGGUUUUAUUCUUCUGUCUGCUCUCUCAGAUCUCCAUCAUGCUUUAUCGUCGUUUUCUUGUGAUCGGUGCCCUGCUCUCAUUGGCCACGCCCCUGCUUGUUGCCAUGGAGACCUGCCCGGCAACAGGGAUGCCCGGGAUGCCAGGUAUUCCUGGGCUGCCUGGCCGAGACGGCCGUGAUGGAGAGAAAGGACAGAAAGGACAGCCAGGAGCAGUGUGGCACGGUGGCCUUGGCCCUCAGAAAGGAGAGAAGGGGGAACCGGGGCUGAUGGGAUUUCCUGGUAAACGAGGUCAGAGUGGGGAACCAGGAGAACCAGGGGACCCUGGGAUUGCUGGACCUCCAGGAGAACCAGGAGAAUCAGGGAUCGCUGGAGUCCAGCAGCAAGUGGCCUUCAGUGUGGCCCGAGGAACCAACGAAUACCCGGAGAAAGCCAGUGUCAUUCGGUUCACCAAUGUUAUCACCAACAUCAACAAUGACUACGACACCACAACAGGACACUUCCGGUGUCGCGUCCCAGGAAGGUACUACUUUGUGUAUCACGCCUCUUUGGAUGAGCGACUGUGUGUGCUGAUGAAGCUGGACAACAAGCUGCUGACAUCGUUCUGCGAUCAUCGCCGCACCAGGAGACAGGUGACUGCAGGCGGCCUGGCGGUCUACCUGUCGAGAGAUCAGGAGGUUUGGCUGGAAACGCAAGAUUACAGAGGGAUGAGAGGAAAAAGAGAAGGUUACAGCAUCUUCUCCGGCUUCUUGCUGCAACCUUAACUGUCCCAAAAUACAGCCUUUUAAUAAACAUUUUUUAUGGUAACAAUCCUAAGUUUUAAGGAUGUUUAUCAUUUCAAAUAAUGUCCCUGUUAGGUUAAAUUCUGACUGAGAAACUAGGUGACAGAGCUUAUAAUCGUCUUUUUUUAAAAAAAAAAACAUACCCACAAACAUUCAAAACGUGUUAUUAAGGACUUAGACUUUUUUUUUAAAUGAAAAUGUAAUUUCGUGAUAUUUUCACAUUAAAAAAAAAAUUUUUUUUUAAAUGUUUAUAGAAAAUGAACUCCAGAACAUUCUGCAAACUAAAAUUGUACCAUUCUCAGAACACUUUAAGAACCAAAAAUUGCUAGCUGGGGAGGAGUAAUAACUUGUCUUAUUUUAUUUGAAACUCUGUGUAAACUACAUUUGGAUAUUUCAUAUCGGACACAAUUUAAUGUGAUGCAGUGAUUUCAUCUUCUCUGUCUGUAAGUGAUCUCUUGAGCUGAAAACCCUCAAUAAACCCAAAUAAACAGCUGAAAAAAA